ACGAAAAUGUCGCAUAGAAAGUUUAGCGCACCUCGGCAUGGGUCUAUGGGAUUUUAUCCUAAAAAGAGAUCUCAACGGCAUCGUGGAAAAGUAAAGGCUUUUCCUAAAGAUGAUCCGAGUAAACCUGUACAUUUAACGGCUUUUAUCGGUUACAAAUCUGGUAUGACUCACGUAGUCAGAGAAGCUGAUCGUCCAGGAUCAAAGGUAAAUAAAAAAGAAAUUGUGGAGGCAGUUACUGUUUUGGAAACACCACCUGUAAUUGUAGUUGGUGUUGUUGGAUACAUCGAAACACCACAUGGUUUACGUGCCCUUACUACAGUGUGGGCGGAACAUUUGUCAGAAGAUUGUCGCAGACGAUUUUAUAAAAAUUGGUACAAGAGUAAGAAGAAGGCAUUUACAAAAGCUUCCAAAAAAUGGCAAGAUGAUCUUGGCCGUAAAUCCAUAGAAAGUAACUUCAAAAAGAUCACUAAGUAUUGCAAAGUUGUACGAAUUAUCGCACACACGCAGAUGAAACUGUUAAGACUACGUCAAAAAAAAGCUCAUAUAAUGGAAAUUCAACUUAAUGGUGGAACUAUUGAACAGAAAGUUCAAUGGGCUCGUGAACAUUUGGAGAAACCAGUACCUGUCAGUAAUGUUUUUGCUCCAGAUGAAAUGAUAGAUGUAAUUGGUGUUACAAAAGGAAAAGGGUAUAAAGGUGUAACAUCGCGUUGGCAUACAAAAAAAUUACCACGCAAAACUCAUAAAGGUUUAAGAAAAGUCGCUUGUAUUGGAGCAUGGCAUCCAAGCCGUGUAUCCUUUACUGUUGCACGUGCUGGUCAAAAGGGAUAUCAUCAUCGUACGGAGAUGAAUAAGAAGAUUUAUAGAAUUGGACAAGGAAUUCACACCAAGGAUGGCAAGAUAGUGAAAAAUAAUGCUUCCACGGAGUAUGAUCUCACCGAAAAAACUAUUACACCAAUGGGAGGAUUUCCUCACUACGGUGAAGUGAAUAAUGAUUUCAUUAUGAUUAAAGGUUGUUGUAUGGGACCAAAGAAACGUGUGAUAACAUUGCGCAAGUCUUUAUUGGUGCACACCAAACGAUCAGCGUUGGAAAAGAUUAAUCUUAAAUUUAUCGAUACUAGUUCUAAAUUUGGACAUGGUCGCUUCCAAACUGCUGCUGAUAAGGCUUCGUUCAUGGGUCAACUUAAAAAGGAUCGUAUUCGUGAAGAACAGGCACAAGCACAAGCCACCACCUCGAUACCAUCGGCUACAACUGCUUAAUUCAUUAUU